GUAAAGUAUUCCUUCCUGGAGGAUUUUUUGAAUGAAGUUUACUUCUAAUUCUUUGCUUUCAAUGGUGUUGGAGUUUUUCAGAUGUCUAAAUGCAGGAUGAAUCAAUCGUUUCGAUUUGUUAGAAUUAAAUCGAUGAACAAGAAAUGCAGCCAGUCUCUGCACUCAUCUAUGUGAAUGGGAUUUUACAACUGUCGCUCUGUCCCACGUAGUAAGGUGUCCACAUUUUUAGUUAUCCUGGUCAGUUUCCUUCUCUGACGUGUAUAGUUCAAUUUAGUCACCCAACAUCAAUGUCCUCCAUUCACUGGUAUCACAAUGGUAACAGGAUAUAUCCUAAAAUGGACAGUACAAUUUAUGAGAAUCCGAAAAUGUCAAUUAUUGAUAAUAAUCUAAAAAUGAAGGAAUUGUACACGGAUGUACAAAGGAAGUGGAUUGAUCAAACAACCCUUGCAAGCAGAUUGAACAUUGGCCAGUUGACAACGCACAAUUCAGGGAUAUGGACUUGUCGAAAAAUACCCGGUACACAGGUGGAAUCUAUCGAAGAAAGUUCAGUCAACUUACAACUGACAGGUGUGUGAUUUCCAAGCAAUUAACAGUAUUGAUCAUCAUUAUCUGAUGUUCAUUUCUAUUGGACUGUUAUAUAUUGUAUGUAUUCGGUGUAAUCACUGUGAC